AUGUUUAAUCCUAAGGAUUACACAGUCGGCUGGCUCUGUGCCAUAAGUAUGGAGUGCGUCGCCGCACAGGCUUUUCUCGACGAAAAGCAUAAAGGACCAGAAUAUUUGUCCCAAAAUGACAACAAUGAUUAUACAUUGGGCAGAAUUGGGAAACACAAUGUUGUCAUUGCCGUUUUACCUGAUGGAGAAUACGGCACGUCCUCUGCAGCAAGUGUCGCUAGAGACAUGCUGCAUAGCUUUCCUAAUGUCAGAAUUGGCUUGAUGGUUGGCAUCGGCGGCGGCGCACCAAGCCGAAAGCAUGAUAUUCGUCUAGGCGACAUUGUGGUCAGUGCUCCUCGCGAUGGCAAAGGUGGCGUCUUCCAGUACGACUUUGGCAAAACAAUACAAGAUCAGAGCUUCCGACCAACGGGGUUCCUGAACCAGCCACCGAUGGUCCUCCGGACGGCAGUGAGUGGACUGAAGACCCAGUAUGAGAGUGAAGGCCAUCAGCUUGAAGAGGCCAUUAACAGGAUUCUUGAGAAGAAACCAAGACUAAAAAAGAAGUACAAGCGACCAGACCUAAGUAGCGACAGGCUCUACCAAUCUGUGGUCAUCCAUCCUCUGAAUGACGACACAAACUGUGGUGUAGUUUGUGGCGAUGAUCCAUCAAAUUUGAUACUCCGACCAGAACGGAUCGCAUACGAGGAUAAUCCGGCAGUUCACUAUGGCCUGAUUGCUUCGGGGAACCAGUUGAUGAAGGAUGCUUUGCUUCGGGAUAAAUUUGCUGUGGAAAACGACGUUUUAUGUUUUGAAAUGGAAGCGGCAGGUCUAAUAAACCACUUUCCAUGUCUAGUUAUUCGUGGGAUAUGCGACUACUCGGACUCCCAUAAGAACAAGGAGUGGCAAGGAUAUGCAGCAAUGGUAGCAGCUGCAUAUACCAAGGAUCUUCUAUGUCGAAUCGCUCCAAACAGGAUUGAAGCUGAGAAGAAGAUCGGUGAUAUCCUCUCUGGUGUCCAAGAAGGAUUGACUGUCAUAUCAAGAGAUGUUGACAAACUUCUCUGUGUGCAUCAUGAUCAAGAGCAUCAAGCCAUCCUCAACUGGCUCACUGCAACUGACUAUUCCUCUCAGCAGAGUGACUUCAUUGAAAGACGACAGGAAGGCACUGGCGAAUGGCUAUUGAAGUCGAAUGAAUUUCAGGAGUGGAUAAACCAGAAGCAGAUAUUGUUUUGUCCCGGCAUUCCAGGAGCUGGAAAGACCAUUGCCACAUCUAUUGUGAUUGACCACCUCUAUAGAAAAUUUCAAGAGGACACCAGUGUUGGCAUUGCAUACCUGUACUGCAACUUUCGGCGGCAGCAAGAGCAACACCUCACAGACCUACUUCUCAGUUUACUAAAGCAAUUUGCCCAUCCUUCCGUCCCCAAAACUGUGAUAAGCCUCUAUGAAUACCAUAAGGAGAAAGGAACCCGCCCCUCCUUUGCUGAAGUCUUAGAUGUAUUAUACACUGUUGUUACUGGCUAUACAAGGGCUUUUAUCGUCAUUGAUGCGCUCGACGAAUGUCAAGUUUCUGAUGGAACUCGGGAUAAGUUCCUGUCGGAGAUAUUCCAGCUUCAGGCCAAAACUGGUGUAAAUUUCUUUGCAACGUCACGGUUCAUACCGGAUAUAAGGGCGGAAUUUGAAAGAAGGGAGAGCAUUCUGCUAGAGAUCCGUGCUAGGGAUGGAGAUGUGAGGAGUUAUCUAGAAGGCCAUAUGUCACGGCUGCCAUCAUUUGUCAAAAGACAACCAAAUCUGCAAGAGGAAAUCAAGACUGAAAUUGCUUGUGCAGUUGACGGGAUGUUUCUCCUAGCGCAACUUUAUCUAGAUUCUCUGAUCGGAAAAAUAUCGCCGAAAGCCACUAAAAUUGCAUUGCAAAAUCUGCGAAAAAGAUCCAAAUCAUCAAAUAAUAAUGAUGAUUCUAACCCAUUAUAUCUUGCAUAUGAGGAAGCCAUGAAGAGAAUCAAAAGUCAGCACGGGGACUUCCCUAAGCUUGCCACGAUGGUUUUAUCUUG